UAUGCAAACUGUUUUACAAACGUAUCCAGAUGAUACAAAAGUAUUUAUUAUAAAAGAAUUUAUAUCAGUUUGCAUGGUAGAAAAUUAUUAUUAUCCAGCAUUGUACGUGACAAAAAAUAAUUUUAUGAGCAGAACAAGAGUCGAAUAUAUCACUUCUGAUUUUAUUGACGAGGGCAGAAAACAUCUUCCAAUAUUCGUGACAUAUACGACAAAAUCACUUAUGAAUUUUCAAGGGAUUUUUGUCAAUAAAUCCUUUUGGCUAUCACCGCAAACAUCGAAAAGAAUACAGGAAAAGUCUGAUGCAAAUGAUUGGACGAUAUUCAAUUUACAACAAAUAGGGUAUUAUCGUGUUAAUUAUAAUGUUGCAAAUUGGUUAAAACUUGCACAGUACAUGAAUUCUACAAAAUAUAUCGACAUACAUGUUCUCAAUCGAGCCCAAAUCAUAGAUGAUGCGUUUCACUUCUUAAUACAUGAACAACUUGAUUAUGAUACAUUUUGGAAAAUCUCUUCAUUUUUGUCACAAGAAACGAAUUAUACAGUAUGGUAUCCUAUGUUUAAAGCUUUUGAACAUAUGACUUUUAGGAUUUCAAUUAAAGAUGCUGAAAACGUAAAGGAAAAGAUGGAAAAAAUAUUGUGUGGAGUUCUGGGUCGAAUAGAAUACGAACCAAAACGAUACGAAAGCGAUUUUACUGUAAGUUUAAGAGAGGAAGCCGUAAAAUGGACAUGUAUUAUUGGUAAUAAAAAAUGCAGAGAAGUAGCCAAUGAGCAAAUGACAAGAGAUCUAUAUUCCGAAAGUGCCACUUUUGUAACGCAAUCGGAAUGGAAAGAAUGGAUGUAUUGUAAUGGUUUGGUGUCAGCGAACAGCACCAUUUGGUAUGACGUAUGGUACAAAUGGGCAGCAACACCUAAUGAUAUAAAAUUUUUAGAAUACUUAACUUGCAGUGAAAAUCCUGUAGUUAUUUCUAAUUAUCUGCUGGUGAAUUCGAUUAAUAAUUUUUUGUUACAACACAACAAUACACGUGCUCACAUAUUUCUUCUUACCGUUGCGAGGCAUGCAAGAAACGAUAUAGUUUGCGACUUUAUUUUGCAAAAUCUCAACAAUAAUACACUUACGUUCAUCUCCAACACGCAAGCUGACAUAAUUGCAACGUUCAUUGUUAUUAUUACGCACCAACAUGCUGUAGAGCAAUUACAUAAGGUACUUGAAUUUGUAAAAACUAAUUUGAAAGAAGAACGACUAGUUUAUGCUGUUGGAAAAAAAAUUAAAAAACGGGUAGACGAGUAUGGAAGACAAGUUACAAAUUAUGGGCUUGUCGGUCGAUCUCGGUUAAAGUAAUAUUUAUUUAAUUUAAUUGUUCCUUCUUAGAUUGCAAAUUUUUG